GGCGACGGGGUCUGCCUCCCUGGCGGCCCGCGGGGCCGUGGCGGUGCAUGUGUGGCCGCUGGAUGCGGAGGAGGCGGCGGCGGCGGCGGCAGCAGCAGCAGCAGCAGAAGAAGCAGCAAAAUGUUAGGACAGCAGCAGCAGCAGCAGCUGUACCCGGCGGCCGGGCUCCUGGCCGGGGAGCGGGGCCGGCUGCUCUCCUGCUACGUGCAGGACUACCUCGAGUGUGUGGAGUCGCUGCCCCUGGACAUGCAGCGGAACGUGUCCGUGCUACGAGAAAUAGACACCAAGUACCAAGAAGCAUUAAAGGAAAUUGAUGAUGCCUGUGAAAAAUACAAGAAAGAAAAUGAUCCACAUCAGAAGAAACGCCUUCAGCAGAAUCUUCAGAGAGCAUUGAUCAACAGCCAGGAACUGGGUGAUGAGAAAAUUCAAAUUGUUACACAGAUGCUUGAGCUGGUAGAGAAUCGGGCAAGACAAAUGGAAUUGCAUUCACAAUGUUUUCAAGAUCCUUCAGAAAGUGAAAGACCUUCAGAUAAGACAAAGAUGGACUCCAGCCAACCAGAAAGGUCUUCAAGAAGACCCCGCAGACAGCGGACCAGUGAAAGCCGUGAUCUCUGCCACAUAGCAAAUGGGAUUGAAGACUGUGAUGAUCAGCCACCUAAAGAAAAGAAAUCUAAAUCUGCCAAGAAAAAGAAACGUUCAAAGGCUAAACAGGAAAGGGAAGCUUCACCUGUUGAGUUUGCAAUAGAUCCUAAUGAACCUACAUACUGCUUAUGUAACCAAGUGUCUUAUGGGGAAAUGAUAGGAUGUGACAAUGAACAAUGUCCAAUUGAGUGGUUUCAUUUUUCAUGUGUUUCACUUACUUAUAAACCAAAGGGAAAAUGGUAUUGCCCAAAGUGCAGAGGAGAUAAUGAGAAAACAAUGGACAAAAGUACUGAAAAAACAAAAAAAGAUAGAAGAUCGAGGUAGUAAAGGCCAUCCACGUUUUAAGGGAUUAUUUGUCUUUUAUAUAAUUCAUUUACUUUACAGAAAAUGUUUUAGGAUAAAUGCAUAAGGCUAUGCAAUAAUUUUUAAUCAUUAGUAUUAAUGGAGUAUUAAAAGUUGUCGUACUUUGUCUGUGGUUUACUUUUCUGCACUGAAUAACCAAAUGUUUUCAAGCCAGGUGGUCUUAGAAUAACACAUGGAAAGAAUUAGGAAUGGUGGGAGUGUGGUGUGAACACAGGUUGC